CCUCUCUCCCUCCUCCUCUUCCCACCUCCCCACCCCCCCAGCCUCCGGAUCUCCCUGGAUCCCUCUCUCCUCCUCUUCCUCUCUCCGGACGCCUGGCUCCUCCGCACCCCGCCCCCGAGGGCCCCGCGGCGCGAGGACCAUGGCCACCAUCCCAGACUGGAAGCUGCAGCUGCUAGCCCGGCGCCGGCAAGAGGAGGCAGCGGUUCGCGGCCGGGAGAAGGCAGAGCGGGAUCGCCUGUCCCAGAUGCCAGCCUGGAAGCGGGGGCUUCUGGAGCGCCGUCGGGCCAAGCUUGGCCUAUCCCCAGGGGAGCCCAGCCCAGUGCCUGGGACUGCAGAGGCUGGACCUCCAGACCCAGAUGAGUCGGCUGUCCUUUUGGAAGCCAUCGGGCCAGUGCACCAGAACCGAUUUAUCCGGCAGGAGCGGCAGCAGCAGCAGCAGCGGAGUGAAGAGCUGCUUUUGGAGAGAAAGCCUGGGCUGCUGGAGCCUCGGGAUCGGAGACCCAGCCCUGGGGAGAUGCGGGAUCUCAGCCCCAAGGGCAGAGAGUGCCGAGAAGAGAGACUAAGCCCCAGGGAGAGGAGGCUGGGGCCAGGGGGAGCCCAAGAGUCCAGCCCCAGGACUUUGGAAACUCGGGACUGCAGGCCAAGCCCAGGAGAGGUGGGAGACAGGAGCUCCCGGCCCUCUGAGGCUCAGAGAUGCAGGCUGAGUCCAGGAGAAGCCCCAGAGUGGAGCCCGCGACAAGCAGAGCCUCAGGAGCAAAGCCCCAGGAGGAAAGAGGUGGUGGCAAGCAGGUUGAGCCCAGGGGAGUCUGGUGUCCCCAAGUCGGGGUUGACGGAGGCCCAUAAGUGGAGGCCUGACGCGGGAGAGUCCCAGGAGCAGAGCUUGGUACAGCUGGAGACACUCGAGUCCAGGCUGAGCCCGGGAGGAGAAGGAAACGUCUGCGCCGAGGAGCGUGGGAGAGAGGAAAAGGGGACGGCCCCAGCAGAGAUGGCAGGGCUGACGGACGUCCUGACCCAUGGUGCUCAGGACCACAGCCCCAGGGGCUCGGAGGCAGCAGAACAGAGGCCCAGCCCAGUGGAAGAUGGCCUGAGGAGCUCCAGGCCGACAGACGGGUGCAAAUGGACCCUGAACUCCGGAAAGGCUCGAGAGUGGACACCCAGGGACGCAGAGACUCAGCCUCACAAAGCAGAACCUCCAGAGUCUGUCGAGAGGCGUCUGGGGCCUCCUAGUACAGGGGCUGGAGAAGCCGAGGCAGCAGAGGAGGAGGCGGGGGCUCAGGGCAGGCCUCUGAGAGCCCCGCAGAACCUCCGCUCUGCACCCUCCCCCCUCCCACCAGAGGACGCUGGGACUGCCGGCCCGAGACUGCAGGAAGAGGAAGCAGUGGGACUCCGGCCCCCACCAGCAGCCCCUCUGUCUCCCCCACCCCCAGCCCCUGCUGCUCCCCAGCCCUCUGGGGACCCCCUCAUGAGCCGACUGUUCUAUGGGGUGAAGGCCGGGCCAGGGGUGGGGGCCCCCCGCCGCAGUGGACACACCUUCACCGUCAACCCCCGGCGGUCUUUGCCCCCGGCCACCCCCGCCGCUCCGGCUGCCCCAGCCCCGGCUGAUGCUGCGGUCCCUGGGGCUGGGAAGAAGCGGUACCCGACAGCCGAGGAGAUCUUGGUUCUGGGGGGCUACCUCCGUCUCAGCCGCAGCUGCCUUGCCAAGGGGUCCCCCGAAAGACAACACAAACAGCUCAAGAUCUCCUUCAGCGAGACGGCCCUGGAGACCACGUACCAAUACCCCUCGGAGAGUUCGGUACUGGAGGAGCUGGGCCCGGAGCCUGAGGCCCCCAGUGCCCCCAGCCCCGCGGCGGCGCCAGCGGACGACGAAGAGGAGGAGGAGGAGCUGCUGCUGCUGCAGCCUGGGCUCCGCACCAAGGCCCUGAUAGUGGAUGAGUCGUGCCGGCGGUGACCCUCUUCUGACACAGGGACCUACCUCCCUCCUUCCCAGAACUGAAGAUCCUGGAGCCAGAAGACUCAGAGCAGACCCUUCUGAAAAUGAGCCUUUCCCAUCUGGUUUCUGGGAGUAGAACCACUUGCUCCAUUUCCACCCUAAUCCAAGGUCCCUGGUGUGGGUGGGACAACCAUGCAGGUGCAUCCUGGGUGGCGGGCACCAGCUCACUGCAAGGUGGAGAUGGAGCACCCCCCCGUCUCCAUGGCAGGGUACACUCUCCCCACAGCCUUCCCCGACUCCCCACCUCUCCCUGGAGACUCAGGAUUUAAGCACUCAUCCCCCCACCCCCUGCCCGGGAGGCCUCCACCCCUUCCAUGGCCAGGCACGUCCCCCUCCUGUGCCCCCAGGUUGCUGCCCCUUUGUUUACAGCUCCUGCCUCCUCUCCUGGCCACAGCCUGGUUUACAAAGCCCACCAGCUCCCAGCCCCACCUGCCAAAGUCCUGAGUUUACAAGCCACGCCUACUUCCCUGUCUGUGUGGCAUCCUCUGGCCCAUCCCCUUCAGUCAUUUCCUUGGGAGUGGCCUGGGGAUGCGGCUUCCUGCACUCUUCGCUCAGUAUUACUGUGUCUCGGUUUUCCCCGGAGGGGAGGCUGGGAAUCUUUUUAACUCUGUACCCCGAGAGAGUUAUUUAAUUCUGUCCCUUCUAGUGGGUCCCAGCUGAGCUGAGUUGCGGUGGUGUGAGGUGACCAGGGGGACACCUCACCUCUCCGCUCCCACUGCGCCUCUUCAUCCUGGUUGGUUGGUUUGUUUUUUUAACUUUCUGUAAUAAACUGGAGCGCUCUCCAA